AUGGCGGCUACAGACAGGCCUUCCCCGCAGAAUGAGGAAAGGCACGUGCAUGACUUUGAUCAGGGCCAGAGUCCAGACGCAGACUCAUCGGCGGCGGAGUCCGAGACUGAGCAGCAAGCAUCGCGCGGAGCAAAAAGAAAGCGUCCUCUGAUGGUUUCGUGUGAAUUGUGUAAACAGAGAAAAGUCAAAUGUGACCGAGCUCAGCCAAGCUGUGGGUGGUGCACGCGUAAUAACCAAGUAUGUGAAUACAAAGAGCGAAAAAAGCCAGGCUUGCGAGCAGGCUAUGGCAAGGAGCUGGAGCACAGACUUGACCGAUUAGAAGAUAUGAUCCAGAGACAGGCUCAAUUGAUCGAGACUCAUAUCAUUCGCAAUCAAGCACCACAGCCUGACUACAACCAGUUUUCCGAAGUACAAGUUCCAUCGUAUCCCUCUCAUGGCUCACCAUCAGAGCCCUCAUCUGCAGCGGGACCUAGUCCUCAGACCACGGUGUAUACGGGGGAAGCUUCUUCGUUUUCGCGACCACCGAGACUUGUGGAUUCAACAGCCAUAAACCAGCGCAAUGUGGCAGUUGGAAGCCCCUCGGCUUCUUCAGUGCAUAUUCAAAACCCUUCUUCGAUGGGUUCCAACGGUGUUUCCCACUCAACACCACACUCUCAAGUUCCGGAUGGAACUGGGACCGACUACUCGCAUAAUGACUCGUCCUUGACCGUUCCAGUCAGCCUUUUCAACAAUCAGCAGAAAUCCCUUUCAGAUGCGACACUCGACCUACCUCCCUACGACUUGCUUUACGCCUUGGUAGAUUUGUACUUUGAACAUAUCAACAGUUGGUGCCCCAUCCUGCAUCGUAGAUCCACGUUAGAUACGCUCUUUGGACCGUCUCCAUUGGAAGAAGCAGACCGUGUGGUUCUUCACGCUAUCGUGGCAACAACACUGCGAUUCUCCCACGAUCCAAGACUGAACGCUGUGAAUCGUGAACAGUAUCACGAAUCAUCCAAGCAGAGGGUGAUACUAUACGGACUCGAAAACUCGUCAGUCAAGGCUAUCCAGGCCCUUGUUAUCCUGUCCCUAGAUUUUGUGGGAUCUUCAAAUGGGCCACCGGGCUGGAAACUCCUAGCUUUGAUAGCUCGUUCUGUUGUUCAGCUGGGCUUGGCUGUGGAAAGAGGAUCGGCGCUCGACUCAACAAUUUAUCCCUCAAUUUAUACGCUCAGAGCAAAUGUACUCCCGGAUCCGGAGACAUGGAUUGAAGAUGAAAGUCGUAGACGCCUUUUCUGGAUGGUCUAUCUAUUGGAUCGUUAUUCUACUAUCGCCACUGCAUUCGAUUUUGCUUUGGACGAGAAAGAAAUUGACCGGAGACUGCCCUGCCGUGAGGAAUUGUUUAUCAGAAAUCAACCGGUGGAGACGAGGUGGUUUCGUUCCACUAGUGAUCGAGGCGACUAUACUGGUGGCCAUGGCGAUAAUGUAGGGUCUUUUGGGUUCUAUAUUGAAAUACUGGGUAUACUGUCUCGCAUCCAUCUGUUCCUCAAACGACCGGUAGACAUCGGGGCACUCUCAGACGUCGAAGAAUGGCAAGCAACAUAUCGAAAGUUAGAUAGUGAAUUAUCAGCUUGGGAAUUCAAUCUUCCCACCGAAUACGCUCACGAGAACGCAUCUCGUUUGUUUCAAAGUUCAAAAACAAAGAAAGGAUUUCAAUGCGACUGGGUGAUGCUUCACGCUACCUACCAGACCACCGUGAUACGACUCCAUUCUUCAGCCGCAUAUCCCACGACAAGAUCCCCUAUAUUCACACCAUCUUACAGUGCUAGCCAACGCUGUCUAGUAGCUGUAGAUAACAUCCUGACUCUGACUCGAUUCGUAGCUGAGAAUAACAUGCUCGACAAGCUCGGUCCACCGUUUGCAUUCUCCCUUUGGGUCUCCGCCCGCCUAUUGCUUGUCCACGGAUCAACUAUUGCUCACACCGUGAGCCCGGACAUCUACGUCUUCGUUGACACGCUAGCGCAGAUGGGCCGUUACUGGAAAGUCGCAGAACGCUACAGUACAAUCCUAAAGCGCGUCCUGGACGAAUUCGGGGAGUACGAGCAAACAGCGGGCACCGAAAACGAGCGCGUCACGCCAUCCUCCGUCAAAAUCCUCGCAGAUAUGAGACGCUGCGCCUUUGACCUCGACUUUCUCAUAUCUCGCCAGCCUCCGCGAAACGGUCACAACAUCAACAAUAAACAUGGCCCAUCCGACUCCCACGGCGUAGGUGCCCUCAUGCCAGCACCAGCAGGAGGAAGCUCAAUAAUCGGCGCAGCAGACUCGGCCACACCUCUCAUGGUGAAUCGAAGCUUAACAAACAAUGAAUUCGAGUACCUCGACGUCUUUGGGUUUUUCAAUGUCCCUCGCGUACCCAACAUGCCAACGCCACUUUCGGCAUUAGGGUUGGCUACUACUCCUACUCCUACUACUACUACAGCAACAAGCGACAACCAGAAUAAUGGCGGCAUCACCAACCCCAUGUCCAUCCAUGGCCUUACUGCGGCCGUUGGGAACAACGAAUUUAAUAUUACGAACUAUUUAGUUCCGACUCCGGAAACGGAUUGGUUGUUUCCGCAGCCUGGUGGCUGA